CUAUCAGAGUUGGGCUAGGGUUCCACUUCCGGGUCAGAGUGUAGUGAGAUGGCGGUGCGCAGUGUUCGGUGCUGAAGAGCAACGGCGAGGGAGAGUGGGAGAGUGAAAGAGUGAAAGGUGGCCAAGAGUCGAAGCUUUGAAGGUGUAAAUUUAGAAGAGAAAAAUCAUGGUUCAUCUCUCCUCUAAUCUGCUCAAAUAUUAUCACCGGGGAUUUGUGUGUAUCCGCCUGGCUUUGGGUGGCUGUACAAAUCGACCCUUCUACCGAAUUGUUGCAGCACACAACAAGAGGGCCAGGGAUGGCAAAUACCUGGAGCAGCUCGGCUCAUAUGACCCAAUGCCCAACAUCUUCAACGAGAAGUUAGUCAGUUUUAACUUCGAGAGGAUCAAGUAUUGGCUGGCCUGUGGGGCACACAUGACAAAGCCUGUUGAAAAACUAUUAGGUCUGUCUGGGUUUUUCCCUCUGCACCCUAUGACUGUGACUGGGGCAGAGCGAUUUCACAAGAAGCAGGCACUAAUGGCCCAAACUAUGUCCAUGGAAGAGCCUUUGGAAGCUACAGAGGAUGAACAGCAAGCACCUAAUCCCCAGAGUUAGCAGAGCAAUUGCUGGAGAUGGACAUUAACAGCUGCCAAAGCUUCCCUGAGUGUCAUCUGUAACAAGCUGAGGAGAAACUCUGCCUGAUUCCAGCUGUGUCCACAUGACAGCAAACAGUGUCAAGGGGCUUAAUUGCUGUCCAACUAAGGCAGCUGUAAAGAGCACACUUAAAAUAGUGACCUUCAAUAUUAACAAAAACAAAUUGCUAGAGAAACUCAGCAGGUCUGGCAGCAUCUGUGGUAAAGAAAGCAGAGUUAGCGUUUUGAGUCCAGUGACUCUUCAAUAGAUGCUGCUAGACUUGCUGAGUUUCUCUAGCUCUUUCUACUUUUGUUUUGGAUCCCCAGCAUCCACAAUGCUUUGUUUAACUUUUGACCUUUAAUAUUAUGUAUCUCCUAGUCUCAACUUUGUGUUAGAUAUUUCUGAAUGCUGUCUUCAAACACAGACCAGGUUAGGUACGGUAGGGUUUAAGCUGGGCGUUUCGGUUUGAUCAAAUGAUAAUGGGAUUAUUCUUCAUUCCUGUUAGAGGUCACUGAAUCCCACCAACAGCAAUCAUUUUGGGAUUGAGACUUCAAAUUUAACACUGUGAUUCUUGCUGCUUUUGAAGUAUUCCAAUUGUUUCUGCUCAUCCAUCCCUCCUUUCCUCAUCCCUCAACCUUUAGCCCAGCUUCCUUUUCCUUAGCUGCAGCCAGCAAAUUGUCCUGGGCCUGUGCUGUAUUAGGCCACAUAUAGAAUUACACAGAAAUUCAGCCCCAUAGGUCUCUACCGGUGUUUAUACUCCACACAGCCUCCUGUAAAAGUUGUCUAACCCCAAUCAGCAUAUUCCUCUUUUUUAAUCCCCUGUUAUUAAGCUGACCGUUAAAAGUUUCCCAGCAUAAUGCCAAAAUAUGAAAUUCCAGCCACUUUUAGAAUGGGCAGUACCUAGUGUGACCCAGUUGUUGCUGCCCAGCCUGUGUUUGUGUCCAGCAGCUUGCCUUAUGGUGGGACAGGUUCAUCCGUCCUGUAGUGAAUAUGGCCCCUGUUUCUAGGGAUGGGUUAUGAUGUCCCAUCCUCCAUUAUGUAAAUCACAUUCGUUGAAGCUGCAAAGCCUGGCAUCUGAAAUUGAGGCUGGACUAUUUGACUGAUAGCCAUUAAUGCUUGGCACCUGUUGCCCGCCCACAGUAUCUGACCUUUGCUCCUGCUUUUCCGACUAGUUUGAGCUAUGAAAUGCUGCUUCCACCGCCAAAAAGUGGCUUUGUGAUUGACAUAUGACAGAGUUAAUGGUUGUCCCAUGAACCAUAGAGUUUCCAGUGAGGUGCUGGGUUUUGUGACUGAAGUUCAAAAGGGAUGUGUAAUAACUUGCAACCAAACGUCAGAAUAAAUUCAUGCUCACCCCCCCACUCCGCAGCACCCUCAAAGGAGAAGCAGCAGCUCAAGAAGAAAAUGGAAUUUGCAGCAUCAGCUGUGGCUCGGUGCGAACACUUUCACCACAGUCAGAAAGUCCAAACUUGAGUACAAUGCAGGACUGUGGAGCCAUCACUGCCAGUGCAGUCCUCCUCAUGCUUGCAGUUCUCUCAUGCACUAACUCUUCAGUGGUGGGGUAUGGGGCUACAGAUGGGACAGUAGCCAGGCUGCGAAUUGUCUCCAAAUCUGAUCUCUCUUUCUGUUGAAACAGAGCUGCUGGAUGGUUAGUGCAAAACUUGCAGUUGGAGUGUAAACAUUUCAGAAGCCUUUUUUAAAAGCAGUUGGUAGCUGUGUUGAGGACCACUCCAUUCUGACGUUUUGAAGUCUUCCUGUCAUACAUUUUAUGUGAUGGCAGUGAUCAGUAAGAGGCUUUCAUCCAGCAGCCGAGUUGUAGGAGUCCUCCCUGAGUCAGGGUUUGUUCUGAGCGUGGAGUGUAAUACACGUCCUUUGGAAGAGGUGGUUUUGGGUGCUUGUUCCACUUACCCUUUUUGCUUAAUUAAUUCAACAAUCACUUAAAAACUGUAAUGUUUUCUGAAUAAAUCCAGAACUAAUUUUAAAGACGUUGGUUUCCUUUGCAGAAAUGUUGUACUGAAAAUGAUAUAAAAACAAAAAAAAACAAGAAAUACUCAGCAGUUCAGACAGUAUCUGUGGGCAGAAACUGAGUUAAUGUGUUGGUCAGGAUGACUUGAUCCUUUCUUGUGAGAGGUCAUCAACUCGAAGUUAGCUCUGUUUCUCUCUACUGCCUGACCUGCUGAGUACUUCCACGUUUUUGUUUCUGAUUUCCAGCAUCUGUAGUGUUUUAACUUCAUGUCUAAAAUGAUAAGUUGUGGGCAACUGUGGAGGAGGGGCUAGUGACAAAGGGUGGCAUGGUGGAGAAGAGGUACCCAUGUCAAUUGCACCAUCCUAAGUGAAUGUUUGUCCAGUUUUAUUUGGUGAGUGUGGUUAACUGAAGCAAAUAUCAAUUAAACAGCCACUCCCUUACUGUUGUUUCUAGCCUUGCCUGAUAUAGUGGUGCCAGGACACCUGGUAAAGUCUGUCCUCCCAUGCACCCUCUGCCCUGCCCCAAUCAAUAACAAAACCCCUCCCCCACCAACCCAGGAGAAAAUAUAGCAGUGUAAUCUAGUGGUUUAGAUUGAUUGAUUAUUCUAGAGGUGAUUUAUUAAUGCAAGCGAAGCCCUAGAGAAUUAUCCUGUGAACAGUACACGGGUUCUAAACAUCUUUCAACUGAAAUGCUUCAGAUGUUGGAAAUCUAAUAAACGCAAAGUCUAGGAAGUGCGAGGUAAGUCUAGCAGCAUCUGUUUUGAGGGAGAUCAAGUUAACAUUUCUGGUCGAUGACCUGUCAGAACUGGAGAUCUAGAGAUUUUAAAGUAGGGCUUCUGUAGGAAGUAGGAUCAAUUUGUAUCAAAAGAACAAUACAAAGAUUUGAACUUAAUGUAUCUUGUAAAGCACUUUACAUCCAAUGAAGUACUUUUGAAAUGUCAUCACUGGAAUGUAGUAAAUGUGCAUAAUAUGGAUAGCCCCGUCCAGACACAAUGGGCUCAAUGUACUCCUGUGUUGUGACUGCUCUUUGAUUUCUAUAGCUUCCUCCAAAGGUUCUGUACAUAAAUAUUCUAUGAAUAAAUGUGUUGUACUAGCCCUACAGGCUGGAGAA